UUUUUCGAUAGGGAAACAUAAUUUCUAUUAAAAUUUGUGUGUAUGCUAUAUGAAAGAAUACUGUUUUCUUAGUGGAUAAUAUGAUAAAACAUUGAAUUCUGAUAUUUAUUGAUUGCAAAAAAUAUGUCAGAACAAGUCGGUACCUUAACUUUAUCCAAGGAUAUAAAAAGAGCUAUUGAACUACUGGAUAAAUUACAAUCUAGUGGCGAUUUUCCAACAACUAAGCUUUCUGCUCUGCAGAAGGUUCUUCAAAGCGACUUCUUGAAUGCUGUAAGAGAGGUAUAUGAGCACGUCUACGAAACAGUUGAUAUUCAAGGCUCUCAGGAUGUCAGAGCUUCGGCCACAGCAAAAGCCACUGUCGCAGCAUUUGCUGCAAGUGAAGGACAUGCUCAUCCUAGGGUUGUUGAAUUGCCGAAAACUGAAGAAGGACUUGGAUUUAAUGUAAUGGGAGGAAAAGAACAGAACUCGCCUAUUUACAUUUCUCGUAUUAUACCCGGUGGUGUGGCUGAUCGGCAUGGAGGACUAAAAAGAGGAGAUCAACUUUUAUCUGUUAAUGGCGUGUCAGUGGAAGGCGAAAAUCACGAAAAAGCCGUGGAACUCCUUAAACAAGCUGUUGGAUCUGUGAAGCUAGUCGUACGUUAUACUCCCAAAGUUCUUGAGGAAAUGGAGUUGAGAUUUGAUAAGCAACGCACUACACGCCGUCGCCAGUGAUUUUAAAGGAACUUGUGGUAUUAAUUUGUUAUAAUAGUUGCACUGUCUUAAAUUAAUUUUAAUAAAUUAUUAUUAAUAUGCUAACAUAAAGGCUAUAUACUAUCAUUAAAGUUAAAUAAAAAAAAUUAGAUUCGACAACAAAAAAAAUUAAUUAUCGAUCUAAACCUAAAUAAA